UGCCACAUGAGGUUUAUUUUGCGGAAACUGAGGAAGCCACACUGCUGGAAAAUCUUAAUUAAUAAAAAAAAUAUUUUAUUUAAUUAUUUUGCACGAUAUUGUCCAAGCCAAUUUGAGGUACACGAGUGAUAGUUUAACAUUUACUGUAAUUUUGCUGUUGGAAAACCAGAACCAAAAGAUACAAAAAUAAAGGACACCUUUGAAAAGUGAGGGGAAAAAUGGAAACGAAUGUGAACCCUCUGGCCGUAAUUCUUGUUUACUUCGACAGCAAGGGAGAUCGUCUUCUAUAUAGAUAUCCGUAUCAAACACUUGGCCAAACGGAGGCCAGCGACGAGCAGAGAAAGUCCAAAAAGCGAAAUCCAUAUGCAGUGGCCAAUGUCGACGACCUGCUGCAGACGCCCACUCACUUGGGGGGUUCCAAAGGCCAAGGGCAAUUGCAGGGAUUCGCAGACGAAGUGCUUUCAGCCCUGUUCGCCGUGAAACCUCAGCUCUGCAAUCAGAAGUUUGAGCUAAAACUGAACGAUGUGCGCUUUGUAAGCCAUCCUACGUUGAUUCCUCACAAGGAGCAAAGGAGCGGAGCAAUGGCCAAGCAGCAGAUGCUUAUCAACAUUGUGUUUGCGCUCCACGCCCAGGCCAGCUACUCGAUUGUGAAAUGUUACCACGAACUUAGCAAGCGUUUGGGUUUGGCACUGAAGUUCGAGGAGCAACGCAGUGGCUAUCUUACCGAGCAGACGGCUCACAUGGCCCGCACCCACGACGAGCAACAGCAACAGCCGCUGGAACGCAUCCUAGAGCUGGUUGCAGAACGCUGUAGCUUGGCCCAAGCCCUGCGCUCCAUAUUUCACGAUCUGUGCACCACCGGCCUUCUGAGUACCUCGCUGAAUCACAACCUAACGCUGUGCUUUUGUCUGCCAGCUAAGGCGCACCAAUUACACAAGAAGGGCAGCAUGGUGGACCCGGAGACCAUAGAUCGCUGUCUUCGUGCCUUGAAGCCCUAUCAUGGCAUGCUGCUGCUCGUGGACUUUGCCGAAUUGCUAGACUGCGUCCCGCCAACAGGGGCACGCAUGCUGUGGCAACUCGUCGACGCCUACAAUCCGCUGAUAAGCCUUCAGAGCAUGGCCUCCAAUGCGGACUUGAGCAUCGAACACGUGUACAAGCUGGUCUCGCAUUUGGUCUACUGGGCCAAGGCCACAAUUAUAUAUCCGCUCUGCGAAACAAAUGUCUAUGUGAUCGCGCCAGAUGCGCCACUGCACACAAAGUCCCAUUUAGUGGAGAAGUUUUCCGCUCGCUUUGCCGGUAUGUCGCUUUUCGAGGUGAUCUCGGAUUUCUCGUUGCCAACGUCUAUUGGGCACUUAACCACACCCCUGCAGCAGCCGGCACGUCAGGGUAUACUCGCACAGAUGGUCAUUUGGAUGCUGCAACACCAUCUCCUAAUCCAACUCCACACCUACGUGCAAUUUAUGCCCAGUGAGGAUGAGUUCGGGGACUCGGCAUCCUGCAGUAAUCACCUAAGGGAUAUCGUCAGCGACGAAGAGGGAGAUCAGGAACAGGAUGCGGACGAAGUGCAUGAAGGGUCCAUGUUGAGCAUGUCCAGUCAACCGUUGCCCGUGCCAGCGGUCUCGGUCGGUGCACGCCGUCGCGACAACUCCGAGGACCAUUCUUCACUGGCCUCCGACAACAUCGCUGUGCAGCCGUCUUCUAGCCACAAGUCCAACUUCAGCAUCACCGCAUCGAUGAGCACUGACAACUGCGACAGCCUCGAUUCCAUGGAGGACGAGCAAAAGUUAAAGGAGUUGCUACAGGUCUUUAGCGACGCGGAUCGUGCCGCCAUCCGUCGAAUUCCCGCUUCCGCAAAUGUCGAUGAUCUCUCGCUGCUGGUGAAGCUCUACCAGAUGGGCUACUUCAAGAGCGAGCACCACCUGGAGGAGAUAAUGUAUUUCGAGAACCUGCGCCGAUCACAGCUACUGCAACUUCUGGAUAAGUUCAGAGAUGUGCUUAUCAUCUACGAGACCGAGGAUCCGGCAAUCGCAUCUAUGUACAAUACCAAGUAAAUUAGGUCAAAUUGUUCAUUCCUAGAAAUGUCUGUUGUAUGUUUUUGUUAGCUUAUGAAUGUAUAAUCUAUCAAAUAGAAAUGUAUCUAGUUUAUAAAAUCUUGGAAAGCAAACCAAAUUGAUAUUUGGUUUUAAAUAAAUCGUUUGUUAUUUUUUCAAGCACGGGAACUACA